UUUAUGCAUUAACUCCCAUUUAAAACAAAAUUCAAAAAAUGAAUCAUCUUGAUAAUUCAUAAUUUUGUUCUCCCAGGUAAGAUCCAAGCAGAAAUUGCAAGAGAGAUUGGUGAUAUUCAACCAAGCACUGAGCACAGAGUCAAAAUGCCUUACACAGAUGCUGUAAUUCAUGAAUUUCAAAGAUUAUCUCCCAUUGCUCCCUCCAAUGUGCCACAUGCAACCACCAUGGAUAUAACUUUCAAAGGCUUCUUUAUCCCCAAGGGCACACAUAUCAUUCCCUUGCUGACAUCUGUGCUCCAUGAUGAAUCCCAGUGGGAGAAACCUCAUGAAUUCUAUCCUGAGCAUUUUCUUGACUCUGAAGGAAAAUUUGUGAAGAGAGAUGCAUUCAUGCCAUUUUCUGCAGGUCGGAGAGUUUGUGCAGGCGAGAAACUUGCCAAAAUGGAACUCUUUCUCUUCUUUACCAGCCUCUUGCAGAAAUUUACCUUCCAGCCACCCCCAGGAACAUCUAAAGAUGAUCUGGACCUGACCCCUGUUGUUGGACUUACCUCCAUUUCCAUGCCGUACAAGACCUGUGCUAUGUUACGUUGAUCUGACACAAAAAAA